AUGAGUAGCGUCGCAGAGGAUAAUUCCUUUACCUGUGACAUAGCAACCAUCUUCGUGGCUAUCUGUCGGAACCCUCCUGCUAAUCCUUCAGAUUCUUUAUUUCAAUAUGAAAUUAGUACUCUGUAUCAAGAAGCUCAUAGCCGUUGGUUGAAACCUCCUGAGGUACUCUUCAUAUUGCAGAAUCAUGAAAGCUUGACGCUUACUAAUACAGCUCCUCAAAGACCUACAAGUGGGUCUUUGUUGCUUUUCAAUAAAAGGGUUCUUAAAUUCUUUCGUAAAGAUGGUCAUCAAUGGCGGAGAAAAAGAGAUGGUAGAGCUAUUGCUGAAGCACAUGAACGACUUAAGGUGGGUAACGCUGAGGCAUUGAAUUGUUAUUAUGCUCAUGGAGAGCAAGACCCUACUUUUCGGAGGCGUAUCUACUGGAUGUUAGAUCCGGAAUACGAGCAUAUUGUCCUUGUUCAUUACAGGGAUGUAAGCGAACGAGAAGAGGGACAACAAACUGGUGGACAAGUUUAUCAGUUUGCACCAAUUCUUUCCACUCAAAAUGUAAGCUACAAUCAGUACAUUGGUGAUUCUUCGGACAUAUAUCAGCAGUCUUCUACUUCGCCGGGCGUUGCAGAGGUUAACUCUAACUUGGAAGGCAGUGCAAGUUCUUCUGAGUUUGGACAGGCUUUAAAGAUGCUUAAGGAACAACUGAGUAUCGGAGAUGAACAUGUUAAUUCUGUUGAUCCACACUACAUUCAACCAGAAAGUCUUGAUAGUCUCCAGUUUUUAGAGUACAGUGACAUAGAUCACCUUGCUCAACCAACAACUGUAUAUCAGAGACCAGAGAAUAACAAACUAGAGAGAUGUUAUGGAGGCAAUUUUGGAGCCCAAUACAGUGCCAAGAAUGAUUCUAACAAACUAGAGAGAUGCUAUGGAGGGUAUGUUGGUGGAGCCGAAUACCAUUCUAGCAAUCUCAUGCUCGUAAAGAAUGGUUCAGGACCUUCAGGUGGUACAGGAGGGAGUGGAGAUCAAGGGUCUGAAUCUUGGAAAGAUGUGUUGGAGGCAUGUGAGGCUUCUAUACCUCUUAACUCUGAGGGAAGCACACCAAGUUCUGCAAAAGGAUUGCUAGCUGGAUUGCAGGAAGACUCAAAUUGGAGUUACAGCAAUCAGGUUGACCAAUCUACAUUUUUGUUGCCUCAAGAUCUUGGUUCUUUCCAACUUCCUGCUUCUUAUUCUGCACUGGUAGCUCCUGAGAAUAAUGGUGAAUACUGUGGAAUGAUGGAGGACGGAAUGAAAAUCGGUCUGCCUUUCGAGCAAGAAAUGAGAGUUACAGGUGCUCAUAAUCAAAAGUUUACUAUCCAGGACAUAUCACCAGACUGGGGUUACGCGAAUGAAACUACAAAGGUGAUAAUCAUUGGAUCAUUUCUCUGUGAUCCAACAGAAUCUACAUGGUCUUGCAUGUUUGGGAAUGCUCAAGUUCCUUUUGAGAUCAUUAAAGAAGGUGUUAUACGGUGUGAAGCCCCUCAAUGUGGUCCUGGAAAAGUCAAUUUAUGCAUUACUUCUGGAGAUGGACUCUUGUGUAGUGAAAUAAGGGAAUUUGAGUAUCGUGAGAAGCCUGACACAUGUUGCCCUAAAUGCAGUGAGCCACAGACCUCUGAUAUGUCCACAAGUCCAAAUGAGCUUAUAUUACUUGUAAGGUUUGUGCAAACACUUCUAUCAGACCGAUCGUCGGAAAGAAAAAGUAACUUAGAGUCUGGCAAUGAUAAGCUGUUGACGAAACUGAAAGCUGAUGAUGAUCAAUGGAGACAUGUCAUAGGAACGAUCAUAGAUGGCAGUGCAUCAUCAACAAGUACAGUUGAUUGGCUUCUACAGGAACUGCUUAAAGACAAGCUGGAUACAUGGCUGUCUUCAAGAUCAUGUGAUGAAGAUUACAUAACGUGUUCUUUGUCAAAGCAGGAACAAGGUAUUAUCCAUAUGGUUGCAGGCCUUGGCUUCGAGUGGGCAUUUUAUCCAAUCCUUGCUCAUGGAGUCAAUGUAGAUUUUCGUGAUAUUAAGGGAUGGAGCGCUCUUCAUUGGGCUGCACAAUUUGGAAGUGAAAAAAUGGUGGCUGCCCUUAUAGCUUCAGGGGCAUCGGCUGGAGCAGUGACUGAUCCAAGUCGGCAAGAUCCAAAUGGCAAAACUGCAGCUUCAAUAGCUGCCUCUAAUGGCCACAAGGGUCUUGCAGGUUAUCUGUCAGAGGUGGCGUUAACAAACCAUCUCUCAUCGCUCACACUUGAAGAAACCGAGAAUUCAAAAGACACUGCUCAAGUGCAAACUGAGAAAACUUUGAAUUCCAUCUCAGAACAAAGUCCUUCCGGUAACGAGGAUCAAGUGUCAUUGAAAGACACACUGGCUGCAGUACGAAAUGCAGCUCAAGCAGCUGCAAGAAUCCAAGCAGCUUUUCGCGCACAUUCAUUCAGAAAGCGAAAACAAAGAGAAGCAGCUUUGGUUGCUUGCUUACAAGAGUAUGGGAUGUAUUGUGAAGAUAUAGAAGGGAUCUCGGCCAUGUCAAAGCUAACGUUUGGAAAGGGCAGGAACUACAAUUCAGCAGCUUUAUCUAUUCAGAAGAAUUUUCGUGGCUAUAAAGAUCGUAAAUGUUUUCUAGAGCUUCGCCAGAAAGUUGUAAAGAUUCAGGCUCAUGUGCGAGGUUACCAAAUAAGGAAAAAUUACAAAGUAAUCUGUUGGGCAGUAAGAAUUUUAGAUAAGGUUGUACUCAGGUGGAGAAGAAAAGGAGUUGGACUAAGAGGGUUCAGACAAGACGUAGAGAGUACAGAGGACAGUGAAGACGAAGACAUUCUCAAGGUGUUCCGCAAACAGAAAGUAGAUGUUGCAGUGAACGAGGCUUUCUCUCGUGUUCUAUCGAUGUCUAACUCUCCAGAGGCUCGCCAGCAAUACCACCGAGUGCUCAAGAGAUAUUGUCAGACAAAGGCUGAGCUUGGAAAAACAGAGACAUUAGUUGGAGAGGACGAUGAUGGGUUGUUCGACAUAGCUGAUAUGGAAUAUGACACUUUGUUUUCAUUGCCUUGA